AUGAACCAUCCAAGCUACCUAUACUUAGAAGAGAGAGAUUAUGCUGGAAAAGAUGAGGCUUAUGACCUGAAUAAGAGGGGAAGAAAAGAAGUUUGGCAGAAGCUUGAAGAAUACAAAGAUCGCGGAGUCAUCAAAUCUGUUGGGGUGUCAAGCUAUGAAGUGUAUCAUUUGAUAGAGCUUUUCGAAUAUGCGAAGCAUCGCCCGGUGAUGAAUCAGUUUGAAUACCAUCCUUACUACAACAGACCAACUUUGGUGAAAUUUUGCGAGAGAAACGGAAUUUUCGUGCAGGUUUGA